AUGGAUAAAAGACUAACUCCAGCGUUUGUUAUCCAGUGGACUAAAUUCACAACAGGAAUUGCAUUCUCGUGGCCAGCCAGUUCAAAAACAACACGAAUCACAAAGAUUAUUCUCAAUAUGGGUUGGUGGAUUUCCUUGAUUGUCGCCGUUGCAGUAGGUCUCCCACUUAUUACUACGGCGUACAAACACCGGAACAAUUUCAUUAAAUUCACAGAAAGCUUAUCCAUAGCAUUCUGUUUUGUUCAAAUUGUAGUAAUGAUGAUUAUUGCGAAGCAUCACCGUCAUCGGUUACAGUAUUUAAUUGAACAGAUGGAGACAUUCGUGAAAAAUGCAAAUCCCCACGAACGAGAAGUACUAGAGAAUUAUGUAGAACGAGAGAUUCCUUUUUACGUUCGAUAUUAUGUUUUUUCCCUGGGUGCUGUUUUGUCUUAUAUUUUUGGUCCCGUUGUUAUCGAUCAGCCCUUUCCAAGUAUUGCUGAGUAUCCUUUUCCUGUAGAUAAACAUCCCGUUUAUGAUCUUGUAUUUGUAUUAGAAGUAAUAGGGAGUAUUCAAUGCUUCUGUAAUAUCAGUUUUAUAUGUCAAUUGUGUCUGCUCCUCUGGUAUGGAAUAAUUCAGUUAGAAUUUCUCGGCAAAAAAAUUAAGCAGGCGACCAGUUCUAAAGAAUUCGCAAGCUGCAUCCGCGUACAUCAACAUACACUAUGGUACAUUGAAGAAACUAUAAAAAUUGUGCGACCUACGGUAGCAGUAUUAAUCGCAAUAGCCACGAUAACCAUUGCAUGCGGAUCAAUUCAUGUGGUCGGGUAUGGACCAGUCCUAAAAAAAGUUCAGUUUGCGUGGAUUGAUAUUGCGGACGCCUCGAUGCUCUUUUGUUUUGCUUGGACCGCUGAGAAUCUGACCGCAGCAAGCGAAAAAGUUAGUUGGGCGUUGUACAACUCUCCAUGGAUUUUACAUUCGAAAAGAUUGAAGAAGGAUGCAAUUAUUGUGAUGCAGCAAUGUCAGAACCCACCAAAAAUAGCGAUCGAUGGGUUCAUGCCGAAUUUAUCCAACGAGUAUUAUGCAAAGGUUAUAUCAGCUGUUUAUUCCUUCUUCACUACGCUACGUAUAAUCCUCCAAAAAUUUGAGGACAAUUAA